AUGGCACUGGAAGAACUGCCCAAUGUGGACAGUGUCGGGGUCUCGAGAUCGGCCUUUGGGGCUGCCAAGAACGGAUUCGUCUACCGCGUCACAUUCGACGGCGCGUAUCUCGUUAGUGGCCGACAAUCGGAUUUAUUGGUGGGGGAUACAACAGGAUGCCAAGCCGUGCAACCUCCGAACCGAGUGUUGUCCUUUGAGGGGGCUCACGUGACGUCAGGCGCUCCUGGAUUUUAUCCAGAAGUGUGGGAGAUUGCGUCGACUGAAAGCUCGGGGGCGAAAGUGCUGGGAGGGACAUUCGAUUUGUCGAUCGGCUUUGAAGGGCAAUGGAUAAACACGAAUCCUGUAGUUACAGCGACUGUGGCUGCAGGAUCGAGGACAGCGAAGACUGUAGGAUCCAUGUUGGGAGUUGUGAAUCGAGGAGAUCGAGUGCGAAUUGGAGGAGAAGAGUUCACGGUUCACGCCACUGCUCCGUUUACAGACUCGGAAUUACCGCUGGAUUCGUAUCACGUUCGUGGAGUUACAGUGGCUGCAGCGAUUCAAGUGAUGGAUACGGCGCUGGGCAACGUCCAAGUCUCGAAGACGUCGAAUUUGGUCACUACGUCCGUCAGUUUCAGCUCUAGAAUUGCAGAUGGAGAGCAGGUCCAGAUCGACUCCAAGGUGUUUAAAGUGGCGAAUGUUGCGCCCACUAGUUUCACUUUGGAUUCGCUAUGGACGGACGAUACGACGCUGCAUGUAACAGCGUUCGCGCGGAAGAAAGCGACGUUGAGUGUGAAUGCGGAGGCAGCGGAGAUGAAGCGAGCGCUAAGUGCCUUGCCCGGCGUCGGGGCCAUUGACGUGUCGCGAAUCGGUCCCACCAAGGCGAACGGAUAUCGCUGGUAUGUUACGUUCCAGUCUCUCGACAGUGUGCGUCUUCGAGUCGACAAGAAGACGGGAACCACGGACUUUGUUGAUGUGUACGGCGUCGCCUGUGUCACGUGUACAGUGACAGCUUCAGUCGUACAAGAUGACACGCAGACGACGACUCUGGCGGAGAUUAAGGGCGAUUAUUCCGCCAACGCAGUGGUGGCUUCAACCGAAGUUGGCGGAGUGGUGCAAGAAGUGCAGACGAUCUCGACGAAGGCAAGUGCCGACAACAUCAGUGGAUAUUUCACGGUCAGCUUUCAGUCCGUAGGUGGAGCAGUGAUCAACUUUGACGACACUGCAGCUGAUGUCCGGACCAAGCUUCAGAGUCUAGCUACUAUUGGACGACUGAACGUGACAAGAAGUGAGAAUUCUGACUUCGGAGCGACUUGGACGGUCACUUUUCUGUCGAAUAUGGGUGACUUGCCACUGCUUGUGGUUACUGCGAAAACGUUACUGAAAGGGACGGGAGUGAAUGUUGUGGUGCAAGAAAUAGUAAAAGGUGUGGAUGUCGCGUUGGAAACAAUUAUUGACGGACUGGAUCCAGGGCAGAACUACUACGUGCGUGCAUUUGCUCGGAAUGAGAAUGGCUAUGGAACGAGUACUACCGACUUGCAGCAGCGUGGACGAGGUGCAUUACCGCUUCAAACAGCCGUAUCGACGUCUCCUGACCCACCAGGUAUCAAUGGAAUGUGGCCUUUAUCCGGGUCACAACUGGAGCUUCGACUGUCUAACCCAGUGGAUCAUGGCGACUCUGUCUCAAAAUAUUUGUUCGAGUAUGCAGUGGGCGAAUCAUUUGGAAAAGUUGCGACCAAGAAAGUUUUCGUCUAUAAUUCUAUCGAGAACGACAUCGCUGGCACCUUCCGCUUACAGUACGGAGACGACGUGACCUCCCUGCUGUCUGUACACACCACAGCUAGCUCUCUUCAAAGCGCUCUUAAUAGUCUUUCUUCUGUCCGUCCUCGUGACCUUUACGUCGGCAAGUAA